AUGGACGCGGAGAACGCGGGCGGCUAUUCUCUUCAGCAAGCUCAAGCUUUUUACACGUUUCCAUUUCAACAAAUGAUGGCCGAGGCUCCAGCCAUGGAAGCUAUGGACACACCACAGACGCCAGCGGAAGUUCCAGAGCCAGCUCCUGCUCAGGAACCUGAACAAGAGGCUCCCAAAGGAAGGAAAAGGAAACCCAGAACAAGACAACCAAAAACACCUGCGGAACCCAAGAAACCGGCCAAGGCCAAAAAGGCUGCCGAGGCCAAAAAGGCUGCCGACACCAAAAAGGCUGCCGAGGCCAAGAAACCUGCCGAGACCAAAAAGUCUGCCAAGUCCACAAAAUCAAAAGAAAAGCAAGAGAAGAUUACAGACACGUUUAAAGUGAAAAGAAAAGUUGACCGUUUUAAUGGUGUUUCAGAAGCUGAGCUUUUGACCAAGACGCUCCCGGACAUUUUGACCUUCAAUCUGGAUAUUGUGAUUAUUGGUAUAAACCCGGGACUGAUGGCUGCUUACAAAGGGCAUCAUUACCCUGGACCUGGAAACCAUUUUUGGAAGUGUCUGUUUAUGUCAGGACUGAGCGAGGUCCAACUGAACCAUAUGGAUGAUCACACUUUACCAGGAAAAUAUGGUAUUGGAUUUACCAAUAUGGUGGAAAGGACAACCCCAGGCAGCAAGGACCUUUCCAGUAAAGAAUUUCGUGAAGGAGGACGUAUUCUAGUGCAGAAAUUACAGAAAUAUCAGCCACGAAUAGCAGUGUUUAAUGGAAAAUGCAUUUAUGAAAUUUUUAGUAAAGAAGUUUUUGGAGUAAAGGUUAAAAACUUAGAAUUUGGACUUCAACCCCACAAGAUCCCAGACACAGAAACUCUCUGCUAUGUGAUGCCGUCAUCCAGUGCGAGGUGUGCUCAGUUUCCCCGAGCCCAGGACAAAGUUCAUUACUACAUUAAGCUGAAGGAUUUACGAGAUCAGUUGAAAGGCAUUGAACGGAACACAGAUGUUCAGGAAGUUCAAUAUACAUUUGACCUGCAGCUUGCCCAAGAGGAUGCAAAGAAGAUGGCUGUUAAGGAAGAAAAAUAUGAUCCGGGAUAUGAUGCAGCAUAUGGUGGUGCUUAUGGUGCAAAUCCAUGCAAUGGUGAACCUUGCAGCUUCCCUUCAAAUGGGCUGACGGCUGACUGUGGAGAACUGCCAUUCAGUGACGUUCCCAACGGGCAGUGGAUGAGCCAGUCGUUUACGGACCAGAUUCCUUCCUUCAGCAAUCACUGUGGGAUGCAAGAACAGGAGGGAGGAAGCCUUGCUUAG